AAUAGUUGCUGUAUUUCCUUUUCUUUUGAUUAUUUUUAGGUCACAUAUUUUGCUGUACCAUAUUCCAGAAGAAUAUGCUAUUGGAAGUUGAGUACAAACCACGUGUCCGUUGUUCUUACCACAAUCUCUCUCUCAUCUUCUCCCCACUCCCUUUUGCUCUCACUUCUAGUCUGCUACCCUUGAAUGCAACCUCUUUUCUUUCCUCUGAAUCUCUCUCCACUUAUUCUUAUCCCCUCAUAACUCAAUUCCAUUCACUGCUUAGUUAUAGGGAUGACUGGUGUGGUUGGUCGAGGCAGUCGCACAAGUGACCCAAAAGAGAAACAACAUGAACAAGACCUCCAGACUCCCUCCUCGAAUAAACACCGUAGCCCUUUGCCUGGAGGCAGACCUUUCACUUUCCGGCAGCUCACCGCUGCUGCCACUGCCGCUCUCCUUGCCGCCGCCGGCAUGGUGGGUGUUGAGGACUUCGCCUUCGUAGUCUUCUCUCUUAUCUACAUGUACUUCCUCUCAAGAGUUGCUUUCCCACGGCUCUCUCCAUCUAUGGAGUCCCCAGUCUUUGGCCGAAACAACAAGGUUCUGAGUAAUUACAUACUCAUAGCAGCCCUUAUCGGACUCGUUCUUCCUAUAGCAUACAUUAUUGAAGGAAUCUUUGAUAAUGAUAAAGAGGGUAUCAAAGCUGCAGCUCCACAUGUUUUUCUGUUAUCCAGUCAAGUCUUCAUGGAAGGAGUGUCCGCCUCCGAUAAGUUUUCGUUACCGAUCCGAGUUUUUGUGCCGGUUUUUUACAAUUCGAGGAGGAUUUUCACCAUUGUGGAUUGGAUGAGGGCCGAGAUUUCAAAGGCGGAUGAAUUGCAGAGCCAGAGUGGGAGUAGGAGAUUGUACGUUGGAAGAUGGCUUGCCGUAGCUAAUAUGGCUUUGUGGUGCUUCAAUCUUUUUGGGUUUUUGGUGCCCGUUUAUCUUCCUAAAGCUUUUAAGACAUACUAUUCUGGUUACAAGGUUAACGACAAGAUAUGAAUCAGGAUAUGGGACUAAUUAUGUGGCUAUAUUGGGUAACUGUUACCUUAAAGGUUGAGCAGAAAGUGUUUGCUUGAGCUUUGGUCUUUGUGACCUGGCUUUUAUACUAUAACAUCUUAGUUUAAGUCUGUACAUCUCCUGUAAUGGACACUUUUCGAAUUUAAGUUUGCACACGAUGUACUAGUUAGUUACAGUUAUACGCGACCACCUCUUUUUGUA